AAUAAGCUACACAGCCUUCCAGGGAUGUGGAUGGCAGAUGUUCGGGUCUGGGCAUCUGCUCCUCAGGAGGGUGAGUGUGGGGAGCAGUGCCGGGACCCUGGCAGCCUGUGGCGGCUGACCCCCGGUCCUUCAACCAGCGUGGCCACUCUUCCUCCUGCAGAUUACAACAUCAUCAGCCUGGUUGUUGCUUUGUCAGCUGGGAAGCUGUCACCAACGGCCCUUCAGGAGACUAAAAAUGAAGCUAAGGCGGCUCGGAAUUAUGGGGCCAAGAUAUACCUCGUCGGAAUGAAAGAUUAUUCUAAAGACCAGCUGGAUAGUAUCGUGGAGAGGAAGAACCAAGUAUACGGAACCAAAGGCUAUGCAUCCCUGCAGGACAUUGUUUUCCCACUCGUGCUGAAUGCCUGUAAUGAGAUUACGGGUGAGGAGGCUUACACGUACUGUGUGGGAGACCCCUUCACUGCUGAUUUUUAUGGGCCGGGUUUAAGUGAUAAGAAAGAUGACAUCAUCUGUCGAAUCACAGGGGACACUGGUGUCGUGGAAAAAGAACCCAUCGAGGUGAACUCGGAGUUCAUAAUUUGCCCUGCCCAUAUAUUUAAGAAGGAAGGAGAGAUGGUCGAGAUCCAGUAUAGCCUGGACAAGGGCAUCACCUUUGUCAAUGGAAGCCUUAAAGUCAUAGGCCUGAAUUGUGAUAAGCCUCCAGAGGAGGAGCCCACAGAGCCUGCCACCACUCAGGAGCCAACCACGGAGCCUGCCACCACUCAGGAGCCAACCACGGAGCCUACCACCACUCAGGAGCCAACCACAGAGCCUGCCACCACUCAGGAGCCAACCACAGAGCCUUCCACCACUGAGGAGGAGCCCACGGAGCCUGCCACCACUCAGGAGCCAACCACAGAGCCUGCCACCACUCAGGAGCCAACCACAGAGACUGCCACCACUCAGGAGGAGCCCACGGAGCCUGCCACCACUCAGGAGCCAACCACAGAGCCUGCCACCACUCAGGAGCCAACCACAGAGCCUGCCACCACUGAGGAGGAGCCCACGGAGCCUGCCACCACUCAGGAGCCACCCACGGAGCCUGCCACCACUCAGGAGGAGCCCACGGAGCCAACAGUGCCUGAGGCUGUCCCAACACCUGUCAGCCCUUACCUGAUACCGUGCCUUGUCCCAACACUCUUUGUGCUACUGUUGCUGAUCUUAUGCAUCUGGUGCUGCAAGAAGGACCCACAGUUGGGUGACCGGAUAUGCCCCACAGUGAUUGUGUCAUGUUGUGGGUGCCCAGACAGGGGCAAACAGGACACCUUGGGUGACUUCGCCCACAGCUGCACGCAGGGCCCACUGAUGUGCUGUCAGCGCAGGAACAUGGAAAGGUACACCAACUACACUCCAGUGGAUCCCCUCUGUGGGCAGUUAUACUGCAGCCCAAACAUCUGCCUUCAAUACAGACAAAAGUGCUACCUCCUAAACAGCUGCUGCUCAAGGUGCCAAUGUCCUGUACCCUCCCUGCCUCCCAUCUGGAUGCUACCACCAAACCCUCCCUCUCCUCAGCACUGUGUGGAACAAGACUGACACUUCCACCCCCACACCACAGCACAGUGAACCCCAAAUCAUUAAGAACCUUUUAUUGAGCAAGCACACAAUUCAAGAUGGUGGCAUGAGAGGUGAGACAAGAGAACUCUCAAAACGACACAUAACUAAUCCUAAAAGAGCAACAGGAAAGAAAGCUGCACCAGAGUGCAUGCAUCUGGAGAACAAAGCAGACCUCAUGAAACAGGGUAAUGUACCAAAGCCUUGAUUCAGUGUGACCCAAGCCCUAAAAUCACCCCAGCUCACCAGCAGGAAGAGAAAUGGAGCAGGGAGGGGGUGGAAGCCUAGGACUGCUGAACACCCAGCCCUGGAGAUCUGCUUUGGGAGCACAAACCUACACUGCAUGGUGCUCUGGAGAUUAGUGGGGUUGGAAAGCUAAGACAGGUGUAAUAUUUGGAGACACUGAGAUUCCAGCCAUUUGUGGAGGACAGGGAUCCACAUCCGUCUGCUCUGGGACAAUGGAAAGGCGGGCAGUCUGAGAGGCUUCCUAGAAGUGAGAGGGCUGCUGAAGGGGUGGGGCUUACAUGGAGCUUGCUGCACAGGAGAAGGGAUAGGUGGACAAAGGAUAUUACAUAAUGAUAAAGGGGUCAGCCCAAAAAGAGGAUAUAACUAUUAUAAAUAUCUAUGCUCCCAAUACAGGAUCACCUACAUGUGUGAAACAAAUACAGAAUUAAAGGGGAAAAUUGAAUGCAAUGCAUUCAUUUUUGAGAGACUUCAACAUACCACUCACUCCAAAGGACAGAUCAACCAGACAAAAUAACUAAGGACACAGAGGCACUGAACAACACAUGA